AUGCCGCCUUCGGCCGGAGGGGACGACAUUGCCUCUCUGGAGGCGCUUUUCUCUGCGGCUCGGCGUCUGCCUCCGAUGACUGCGGAGGAUAUUGCGUUUGACCCAGAGACAAAGCAGUGGGUGCCGCACGCCAGCAUUCGACGCCUGAAGAAGAGCGAUGCUGCGAGACUCCGUCACGUGCGCCUCCUCGUCCAGACUGCGCCCACAGGGCAGAGCAAGUGCCGCUGUUGCGGCGGCAAGAUCGAAAAGGGCGAACUGCGUCUGGGCUAUCCGACAGCGGACCCGCGCGGCGCGUAUGGUCUCCUCACCUGCUGGCUGCAUGCCUCCUUCCACUGCGCGGGCGUCAUUCUUGAGGAAGUCUUGGGCAGCCAGCUGGGCGCCGAAGAGCUCGGGUCUCUGAAGGAGAUUCUCGUCGCUGCGAAGGCGCAGACUCUCGAGGAGUCCACAGAGAAAGCGAAGGCGGAUUCUGGCGCUGCGGCUUCGGCGUCGCCGGCCUCCGCAGAGGCUGGGGCCAACUCCUCCCAGGAGAGCAUCGCCGCGUCAGAUUCCAAAGGCGAGGAGACCCGUAGGGAGGCGUUGCGCAGGCGCGGGGGUAAGGCAGAGGGCGGCAAAGACCUGGAGCGUUCAGAGGCAGCCGCGACGGGUCCAUCGAAGAAUUGUGGGGGAAACGUGUCGUCUGCAAAGAGCGAAGACUCCUCGAUCUCGACCGACACUGGCUGCGACGCCUCCUCGUCGCCGGAGAGCGAAUCGCCUGCGCCUUCACGCGUAAAAAAACCGCAAGGAGAUGAAGCCGCGCUCGUAUCGAGUCUGGGGCCUUCGGAAUCGUCUGCCGACACGCCUGCGGCGGUUCCGAUGGGCGCCGUCCACGCGUGCGUUGGGGAGCAUCUCGAGCUGGCGGCUAAGCGACGACGAGAGGCCGAAGCGGACGACGAAUUUUCGGAACACCGCGACGUCGCAGACGUCAUGCGCGGACUCGUCAAACGCCAGAUCGAAGGCCGCCGACCCGCGCCCCUGGAUCUGCUCGUGCCUCUCCUGCCUUUCCAAGAAGAAGGCCUUUGGUGGCUCUGUCGACAGGAGCAGUCCGACGUUCGCGGAGGCAUCCUGGCGGACGAAAUGGGAAUGGGCAAGACGAUCCAAAUCAUAGCGUUGAUUCUCGCGCGCCCGUUCCCGCCACUGCCGCCGGAGCUGCGCGCGGCGUCGCCCUCGAGAGAGCGACGCGCGCUGCCUCGUGUGGGACGGACGCUCGUGGUGACGCCCCUCGCGGCGCUGCUGCAGUGGAAGGACGAGUUGGAGAAGUUCGUGCGCCCCGGGCGCCUCUCAGUCCUCGUCUACCACGGGCCCUUCCGCCGCGGCCUCAAGUCGGAGCUGGAUAAGUAUGACGUCGUGCUGACCACUUACUCGACUCUCGAGCAAGACUUCAGAAGAGAAACGAACAAACGCAAAGUCCUUUGCAAGUACUGCGGCCGCCUCUUUCUGCCUGAGAAGCUCAGCAUCCAUCAGCGCUACUUCUGCGGCCCUGAGGCAGCUCGCACCGCCAAGCAGCAUCUCACGACGCGCAAGCGCGGCACGGAGAAAGCCAUGCAGACGCUGCAGAUUACCUCCGGCGAGCCUCCAGUCGCCGGAGAGGGCCGUGACGCCGGCGGGUCCGUGGGCGCGGCUGCAAACGCCUCCAAGCGGCCGCGAGGGCGAAGUGGCGCCCGCGCCAUGGAUGAUGCAGGCAGCGAAGCAGGCAACAGCACGCACGGGGGCGGGAGACAGACACGCAGAAGCGACGCCGAGUCGUCCACUUCGUCGUCUUCGUCUUCGAGUUCGUCGUUCGUUCCAACGCCGUCGAACGUGAUGCGGGAGUUGAUGGCGGAGGCGCAGCGGGAUGUGCGCGAAGUAGGCCCUUCGUGGGUGUUCCCGCAGCCGCUCCGCUUCGUGCGUCGGACGCCGUAUGAGGUGUCCGGUGCAGCGUCGACUGCGAAACGCGAGUCUGCUGGGGACGCGGUGCGACGCAAGGGCGCGAAGAAGGGCAAAGCCGGCAAGACAGCACCGAGCCCGCCUUCGCUCGUGUCUUCGCCGGCUGAAGAUGAAAAGGAGAUCAAUCGCGCGUUUCACAAGCUCGUCGACAUGGGGUACGAGCGCGACGGGGCCCUCGCAGCGGCCUUGGCGACAAACGGCUCCGUGGCGGAGGCCGUCGAGUUGCUUCUUGGUGCGAAGGCUGUGCGCCGAAAUGAUGCGGACAAUCCUGUGGAGAUCGAGGAUGAUGACGAGGCCGAAGCGAGGCGUGUGGAGCGCGAACGGGCCCUGAAGCUGCGGCGCGACCUGCAACUCAGCAAAACCGAUAUUCCCAAGCAGAAGUUGCCUGUGCUUCAAGUCCUUCUCAGGCGGUGUGGGCUGCCGACGAGCGGGACGAAGCAACAGCUGGUCACUCGCCUGUCGCGUUUCCUCUUCCAAGAAGACAAGGGUCGUCCGCUGGCGGCGGAGGUGCUGUCAGACAGUGGCGCCGACGACGGCGAUGACGCGGGAGGGCGGCGACGGCCGCGAGCCAGCUCGGCAGCCGCUGCGCGGAGCGCCAAGCGCGGACGGCCCUCCACGGCAGCUGCGGGUGGAGAGGAGGCGCCUGAGAGGCGGAAGCGAAGGAAGGACGACGACACAAAGGAGACUCAGGUCGUGGGGGACGCCGCUCAGGGGCCGCUCGCCCCGCGGCGUUCCGGGCGACUCCAGGAAGUCGCCGAAGCGGCUGAGGCGAGGCGGAUGGCGGGCUCGGCCGCUGUGAGCAAUGGAGCGGCAACGGGCGUGAAGGCGUCUAAGAAGGGUCAGGCAUGCACUUCGAAAGGAAGCAAGAAGAAAGCGCAGUGCGCCUCCACGAAGCCGGCAUCCGGGAAGAGCGGAAAGAGAAAAGAGACAUCGGUCAACAAGGUCUCGUCGGCCUCAAAGAACGGGCGCCGCUAUGCGCGAGACGACAGUGACGACAGUGACGACGACAAUGACGACGCGCUCCAGUCGUCGUCUUCUUCCGAUGAGGAGUACGACGACGACCCAGACGCGAGUUCGGCGUCGUCGCCGUCUGAGGCCUCUGAAGAUUCGUCGUCGCUCGCGUCGGAGUCGGAAGGGGCUUCCUCGGAGGAUGCGCGGGCGCCGGCGAAGUCUGGGAAAAAGAAGGCGGGGCGAGGCGCGGCCGGUCCGCCGCUUCGCCGAGGGCAAUCCGACGACGAGGAAGAGCUCGCGGGGGGUUUGGUGGACGAAGAAGAGGAGCACGACGCGGAGAUGACCCAGCUCGUGCUCAAGUCGGUGCUUCACAGCAUCCUGUGGCAGCGCCUAGUCUUGGAUGAAGCCCACCGCAUCAAGUCGCGCGCCAGCAGCACCGCGCAGGCGGUUUUGGCGCUGCGCACAGCUUCCUUGGUUUGCGAGAAACGCACCACGACCGGCGACUCAGGCAAGGCCGAGGAGACCGGCGAGAUGCAGCGGACCUCUCGGCGCGUAAAGGAGGAACGCGAGGCGGCGGCGGACGUGCAGAGUGGCACGGCAGCGAACGCGGAAGACCGGCAAGUCCCUAAGAACGAAGAAGAUCGCGUUGUUCUUUCGUCCGCUCAGCUCUUAUCAAAGGUCGAGGGCGGCGCGGACGGCGGAGACGAGGGAGCGAAAGACGGGGUGGCCUGGACCUUGAGAGUUGGAGGCAGCCGGUGGUGUCUCACAGGCACUCCGCUACAGAACCGCGUCGGCGAGCUGUUCAGUCUGGUCAAAUUUUUAAGAAUCUACCCCUACGCGUACUACUUCUGCAAGCGACCUGGGUGCCCCUGCCGCUCGCUCCAUUUCCGCUUCCACGAGGGCAAGCACUGCGUGAAAUGCGGUCACACGCGGAUGAGCCAUUUCUCUCUCUUCAACCAGAAAGUCAUCAACCCCAUCAAACGGUGCGGCUACCAGAACGAGGGCGUCGUUGCACUGAAGAACCUCAAACGAGACGUGCUAGAUCUGAUUUUACUCCGCCGCACCAAGGUCGAGCGCGCGGCCGAUGUGAAGCUUCCCCCCCUCACCGUCCGCAUUCGGCGGGAUGCGCUGUCGCCUGAAGAACGCGACUUCUACGAGUCGCUUUUCAAGCAGACAGCAAUUCAGUUCGAUGCCUACGUCGAGGCCGGGACGGUGCUGCACAACUUCGCGCACAUCUUCGAUCUUCUCAGCCGGCUGCGCCAGGCGGUGGAUCAUCCCUACCUUCUCAUCCACGGCUCGCUUCAGCCGUUGGAUGGCUCGUCGCUGCUGCCCACCGCGUCGCGGAAGUCUGUCCCCACUGGGGUUUGUGCGCUCUGCCAAGACGACGUCCUCUACGAGGAUCACCUCGUGGAGGCGGGCUGCGGCCACGCCUUCCACCGCGCGUGUCUGCGAGAGUACGUCGCGUCGGCACCGGUUGGUCCGGGCCUCGAGAGCAGUUCGGAGAAGUCGGAGAAACGAAAAGACGUGCUGGGGUGCCCCGCGUGCUACACGCCUCUGACGGUGGACCUGUCGUCGCUGGAGCGUACAGACACCGGCGACGAUGCGGACAACGACGCGCAAGACGAAGGCAGGGCGGGGAAGCUGGCUCGCAUGUGCAGAAAGGUAGAGGACGACGAGGAGCCAGAAGACGAGAAAGACGAAGCGGAGCUGGAUGCGGUUUUGGCGACGAACGCGCAGAGGGUUCCCGGCGCAGGCGGAAGCCGCGGGCGAGGCGCGGGGAGCGGACAGGCGUCGCCCUCGAACCAGGGGGCUGCCCAGUCCAUCUCAGACCUGUCGAGGAACCUUCAGCAUGCUGGACUGUCGAAGCGUGGGCCCGCGGGGAUCAUGCAGAAAAUCAAGGCGAGCGAGUUUCGAAGCAGCACAAAAAUCGAGGCGCUGUAUCAGGAGCUUCUUGAGAUUGAGGCAGAGGACAGCACUGUGAAAAGUCUCGUUUUCUCCCAGUUCUGUUCCAUGCUGGACCUGAUCGAGUGGCGGCUGAAGAAGGGAGGAAUCCACUGCGCAAAGCUCGUCGGGUCAAUGCCGAUUGUGUCACGGUCGAACGUUCUGUACGCCUUCAACAACGACCCUACUUUGAAAGUGCUCCUGAUUUCGCUGAAGGCUGGAGGAGAGGGUCUCAACUUGCAGGUAGCUAGUCGGAUUUUCCUUAUGGAUCCGUGGUGGAACCCUGCGGCGGAGAUGCAAGCCAUCCAGCGCGCGCACCGCAUAGGCCAGCGGAACAAGAAAGUUGUUGCCGUUCGUUUCAUUGCGGAAAAAACCGUUGAAGAGAGAAUUCUUCAGCUUCAGGAAAAGAAACAGCUGGUUUUCGACGGGACGGUGGGUGCCUCUGACCACGCCAUGGCAAAGCUGACGCAAGACGAUCUCAGGUUCCUGUUCCAAAACUGA